CACAUACAGGGAGAGAACAUGAUGGUGUCCUUCACAUGAUAUUGAAGGUCCUGCCUGUCUAUUUAUCCAAUAUCCAGUCAGCUCUGUGGCUGAUGCUGUGGCGAGGGAGGAAGCUGAGCACAAGUCAACACGUCUAACUGCAUCUCUCAUCAGGGGGGCCACAGCAAUGGCAGGAAGAAAAACACCCCCACAGAAGUCUGGCAUUGACAAACACACCAGCACUCAGUCAGAGGAGCCUCACAGAGCAGGCGUGACGUCACAUUUCAAGGCAGUUGGUUGAGCUGGAGGUAGAGGAGGAGACGAGCAACCCAGCGAGUUGAAGGGCCUGCGAAAAAAAGAGACGUCGUUAAAAGAUAACCAAGCACAUUGGUUUUUAAAAGUCAACUUUUAGACCUCGAAAGUGAAUAUCGAAGACUACUUUUGCAAAUUCCUGACCUGAUAAUCCGAUUCAACUGGAGAAACCACCAAGAGGGGCUCCAUGAAAAAUGACAGAGGAGGUGAUAGUUAUAGCCAAGUGGGACUACCCGGCUCAGCAGGAACAGGAACUUGACAUUCGGAAAAACGAGCGGCUGUGGCUCCUGGAUGACAGCAAGACGUGGUGGAGGGUGAGGAACGCCUCCAACCGGACCGGCUACGUCCCCUCGAACUAUGUGGAGAGGAAAAACAGCUUAAAGAAGGCCUCGCUGGUGAAAAACAUCAAAGACACACUCGGCCUGGGGAAGACAAAGAGGAAGACAAAUGCCCGCGAUGCCUCGCCAACACCCAGCACGGACGCAGAGUACCCUUCCAAUGGUGGCGGAGGUAGCAGCGCCGAGCGUAUCUAUGACCUCAGCAUCCCAGCCCUGGUCAAAUUCGCCUACCCGGCCGAGCGGGAGGAUGAGCUGACACUGGUGAAGGGGUCAAGGGUCAUUGUCAUGGAGAAGUGUAGCGACGGCUGGUGGCGAGGGAGUUCUGAAGGUCGGGUAGGCUGGUUCCCCUCUAACUAUGUCCUGGAGGAGGGAGAGGAGGAGGCCGUCUGGGGGGACCUAAGCGGAGGUUACUCAGGACAGGGGGCAGGGUCGGGAGGGGUGACCAACGGGACCACCAGGGUGAUCCACACUGUUCAGACGCUGUACCCCUUCAGCUCUGUGACUGAUGAGGAGCUGAACUUUGAAAAGGGCGAGGUGAUGGCGGUGCUGGAGAAACCGGAGAACGACCCUGAGUGGUGGCGGUGUCGGAACGCCCGUGGACAGGUGGGCCUGGUGCCAAAGAACUAUGUGGUUAUCCUUAGCGACGAUCCAGCCCCCGGGGGUGGGAUGGGCUCGUGCCCCCACUCGCCCCAGAUCAACUACACAGGGCCGGCCCGCGUGGGAAAGUUUGCCGGGAAGGACUGGUACUAUGGGGGAGUGACCAGGCAUCAGGCAGAGUGUGCGCUCAAUGAGAGAGGAGGUCAGGGAGACUUCCUGGUCAGAGACAGUGAAUCAUCGCCCAGUGAUUUCUCCGUGUCCCUCAAGGCGAUGGGAAAGAACAAGCACUUCAAGGUUGCGCUGGCGGAGGGGGUCUACUGUAUCGGCCAGAGACGCUUCAGCAGCAUGGAUGAACUGGUGGAGCAUUACAAAAAAGCCCCGAUCUUCACCAGCGAACAUGGAGACAAACUCUACCUGGUCAAACCUCUGCUGUGACCACACACAAUGCUCGCGUUCAUACAUUUGCACACACACACUCCGGACCCCGGUGCUCGGCCUGGCCUAAUAACAAGCCUUAUUACCGGACUUGCGACUGACUGAUUGAGCACAGCAAUAUCCACUGGUCUGCCCAUGACCCUUCAAUACAGGUGCUAAAAGUCACCAUAAACUCAACAGAAAAUCAGUUAGCACAGAGAGAGACUCAAAUGGUACAUGUUGGCCACCGUAGCUCAGAUUCCUUUCAGAAUAAUGACUUUGAGUCCUGUCCAGAAGUGUCCAGAGAACAGCUUCAGUAAGGGCCUGUCUGUAAGCACCCGCUCUUUGCCUUGGCUGACAACUCCACCUCCGAGUAAAAGCCCUGCCGGUGCCUCCUAGGUUUUUGGAGUGAGCACGGAUGGGGAUUUACAGACUGGUUCCUUCACGACAGCUACAUACACUAUUAAAGUGAAUAUUUAAUGUGACCCGUCCCUUGCAGAAAGUAGUAUUACGUCUCCAUAGACUCUUGUACCAGAAAGAAAGGCACCACAAAUGGUACUUGUACUGUAUUUACCAGAUAAGGAAAGGACGCCCUCUGUAGGUGUAUUGUGGAAUGGACACGGUCAGGAAGCUGCGCUUUGAAUGUCCCUGGAUGUAUACCGCCGACCAUGUGCCACACCCUCAUACUGCUCAAAUGUGCCCCUAACGUUCUCUUCAAAUCCAUCGCUUUCCUCAACGUCCGAGUGGAAACGUCGCUGACCGAGGAUGGAGAUUCAAGAGCGAUAGGAAAAACGUUUCGUUGGUUGUCUGUUUGCCAAUCAAAGUCUGUUCAAAAUUUGUUUCCUGCUUUUAAAAAUGAAAAACUGUGUCUUAAUGUUACUGAGCACUGUUAUUUAAAUCUUGUUUUCAGCUGUGUAUGUAUAUUUAAAAAGAAGAGUAAGGUGAAUAUUAUAUGAAUUUAGAUACAGCGGAAGGUACUGUACUCCAAGAUGGUGUGGUGACUGAGGAUUGAAAUACUUUUGUUCAAUUAAAAGUUUUGCCGAAAUAAGCUUUCUGGUUGCA